ACACCGACGGCGGUGGCCGCAGAGGCCGGACUUUCUUCCGCGAAGCCGGGGCUCUCCGUUUCUAUGUCUUCCUCGUCGCCGCUGCCUCCACCACAGCCGCUCUCUGCGUUCCCCAUGUUUGUUUCACCGGCCUAGGGCUCCCCGAAAAUCUCCGCGGCCCACUGGGCGUCAGUUUCGAAACGGUUGUAUCGGUCUGUACCAUACACAGACCUCUAACCUACAGCUAGAGCUCUGCUUUGCAGUUCACUACUACCGCAUUGACGUACUGUACGUUAGCGUGCCCGAAACGUCCUUUGCGUCAUCAGUUUGCACAUGCGCUGUGGUGUUCCUGUACACGGAAGUAAAUGUGUUGUUGACUAUUUUGAACAAGUGGAAGAUAUGUGAUGCAAAUGGAUGACAUACCAAAACACUUAAAUGAACAACAUGCUCGGCUAUGUAUUGGUCGCGUUUCUAGCACUGGCAGUUGUGUUCAUUCCUCGCGAGUGGGCCGUUACAUUUGGAUAUGGAUCAAACAAGGGGCCGCCUAUGCGGCUCCUGAGCAGGCAUGAAUUAUCAGUGUACGACGGGGAGGAAGGCAGCAAGGGUCUUUACCUGGCCAUACUGGGGCAAGUUUUUGAUGUACGGAAGGGCCACAAGCACUAUGGACCCGGUGGUGCUUAUCACUUUAUGGCAGGCAAAGAUGCCUCACUGGCCUUCAUCACUGGGGACUUCACAGAAAGUGGCCUGACAGAUGACGUUUCCAGUCUGUCCCCACUGCAGGUGAUAGCCCUUUAUGACUGGCUGGCUUUCUAUCAGAGGGAAUACCAAAGUGUAGGUCUGUUAAUAAGCCAGUUCUAUAGCGAGACUGGGCAGCCCACAGAGGCCCUGUUGCAGGUGGAAGCAUCACUAGCAGAGGGCCAGCGAAUCAAGGCCCAGUCUGAGGCAGAGAUGAUACACUUCCCAGCCUGCAACUCAGAGUGGAGCGCUGCUAGGGGAGGAAGAGUCUGGUGCUCCACUAAGAGCGGUGGAGUGGAAAGAGGCUGGGCAGGUGUCCCGCGAAAGCUCUUCUCCCCAGGCUCCAGUAGUGUUCGUUGUGUCUGUGUUGAAGACCCUUCAGCAGCAGAGGAAGACCCCAACCUGCAGAAAUAUGACAGUUGCCUUCCGCACGCCGACUCAUGCUCUGUUCAAGAGUUCUAAUCUCUGGGCCAGCCCAGAAAGUGGACAUAUAACAGCACAAUCCUCAGGGACUUUUGACUUAUUCAUAAUAAAGAGGAAGAAUUAAGAAAAGUCAA